GAGUAUGCAGUCUUCACGAUUUUGAGAUUGCAGAACAGGAAGAAGAACUACCCACCAAAAUGAUUGAAAAUAAUCUGCAAAUAUUGAAAGGGAAUCUUAAAAAAAGCAAAGCCCAAGUACAAGUAUUUCAUGCAUGUGAUGAAUUUUUAGCAAACUAUGACAACGAUUCUAUGGAGAUACCUUCACAAAAGCUUUUAUAUAAAAAUUGGAGGGAGAAGAAAGAAGUUCUUAGGGAUAUUGCACUUAGAAUACUUGAUACUUUGAAGGAGAUCUGGAAAAAUCCAGCUUUUAGUCACGAAUUUGCUAAAACACAGAGUGAGGGAACAUAUGUAGCAGAUAUUAUUAUCCCUGUUAUUCAAGUGACAUUAAAAGAUCUGCUGAUUGGGAAAUCUGCAUAUAUUAGCAUGGUUAUUGGUGAAUCUACCUUGAGUCUUACAUCUGUUAUUUUUAGAUUU